GCGUAUUUUACGCGCUUUGCGUACUUUGCGUAGGGCGGAGUUUUUCCUGCGCUGAUAGAGUUGAUCAUGGCGGAGGUCGCAGAGGCGGACGCUGCUCAGCUUCACCAGGAGGACGUCCAAAACAAACAAGUUGAAGGUUGCGGAGAUGCACCUGCACCUAAUGCCCAGGAUGUACAGGCAGCCGAAAACCAUGAAGCGGGAACAGAUAGUGAUGCCAAACCCUCCACAACUGCUGAGAGACACAUCUCCAUCCAAACCAGCCUGGAGGGUCUGGAGAUGCUGGUUGACCUCAAUGGUGCUGGGCGAAAGUCGUGUCCUUUGUGUCCUGAGGAGAAGUUUAAAGCGUGCUACAGCCACAAGCUUCGCCGGCACCUGCAGAAUCUUCACUGGAAAGUCUAUGCUGAGUUUGAAGGUCACAGGAUGUGUAUCUGUCACCUGCCCUGCAGACAGCUGAAGACUGGCCUGAGUGGAGAUCAGUCGUGUGGGCGACACGCUGCUCACUACCACUGUGUCGUGUGUUUCGUCACCAUCGCCCGUAAGAUUGACAUGGUCAACCACCUGAAACGUCACGUCAACAAAGGAGAGACAGAGGCCAGCUACUCAGGUGGCUCAGACGUGCCGUUUGAAGAACCCGCUCCCUCAGGUCAGACCUACGAAAUCAUGAAAGAGCUUGGAACCAAUGUCCAGCUGCUCCCCAACCACACUACACCACAGAAAACGGACACAUUUUUUAACCGCAAGAUGAAAAACAACAGGCAGUUGGUGUUCUGUUCGCUGGCUGUUCUGGCCGACGAGAGAAGCCCACUGGAGUGUCUGGAUGCUUUUGGAGCCACAGGCAUCAUGGGGCUCCAGUGGGCCAAACACCUUCGUAACGCGGUCAGGGUCACCAUAACGGACAUCAACGAAGCAUGUGUGAAAAUGAUCAGAGAGAACUGCCAGCUCAACCACAUCCAGGUAGACCGCGGCUCCUGGGAUCCUGACGGAGCCGCCCAGGAAGUCCAGGGCGUGCCCAUCGCGACAGUGGAGGUCACCAAGAUGGACGCCAACGUCAUCAUGCAUCUGCGUUCCUUUGAUUACAUUCACUUGGACCCGUUCGGUACGUCGGUCAAUUACUUGGAUGCAGCAUUCCGAAAUGUCCGGAAUCUGGGAAUCGUGUCUGUGACGUCCACAGACACGGGCUCCCUGUACGCCAAGUCACCCAACGUCACCCUGCGCCACUACGGCUGUCACAUCGUACGGACGGAGUACUACAAAGAGCUGGCUGCACGUAUGGUAGUCGCCACGAUUGCCAGAGCAGCAGCCCGCUGUAACAAAGGCAUCGAGGUGUUGAUGGCGGUGGCGUUAGAGCAUUUUGUUCUGGUGGUGGUGAGAGUCCUCAGAGGUCCAUCCCAGGCAGACGAGGCAGCCAAGAGGUUGCAAAGACUUCUCCACUGUCAGUGGUGUGAGGAGCGAGUUUUCCUCAGUCAUGGACACAUGGUGGACGUUCUUACAGACAAACUGCCCUGUAACUGUCACGGGAGUCUGCCGGGAAAGACUGCAGUCCAGCUGGGACCAUUAUGGUCGGGCCCCCUGUUCAACACAGGCUUCCUGAGGAGGAUGCUGUCGGCAGCGGUGCAGCACAGUAUGGACGACAUCCAGCCACUUGUCAAAACUCUGAUCUAUGAGUCCGAGUGCACCACCCUGAAGUCUUUAGUCCAUGGACAGACCGCUCUCAGCAACCAGGUGGAAUGUGGCGUCGUCAUCAAGACCUUACAGAACAGCGAGGAGUCGACCUCGGCUGAUCAGACCAGAAAGAGGAAGACAGGAGAGGAGUCAGGGAAUGUGAUGAAGAAGCUGAAGUCUGACGCGUCUCUGGAGCACCCGCCGUUCUACUACAGCAUCCAUCGCCACAGUAUCCGAGGCAUGAACAUGCCCAAGCUGAACAAGUUUCUACAGUACCUGACAGAUGCCGGCUUCAGGGUCAGUCGUACCCACUUUGAUCCUACUGGGGUUCGGACCAGUGCAACAUUGGAGCAGUUUAAAACUGUCCUAACAAAGUACAGCAUUCCCACGUACACAAACGCCCCCACCACCGAGGACACGGUUUGAGAAGCAAAACCUGAUCUGGAGACGAGCAUCAUAUUUGAAAAGAAACCCUGGGUUCUUUCUGUUAAUAGUUAAUCGUCGACGUGUCUGGAGGAUAUUGGCGGCAGAUUUCAGUGCAAAUUUAAAAUCAGUGGGUUUGGAUUUUUUUUUUUUUUUUUUUUUUUUUUUUUUUUUUUAAAUCGUGGCUCAAAGAGUCCCAGAAAUGGUGAAUUCUGGUGACCUUUGGGCACAUUUGCACGAGCAUCUAGUCAGUCUAUUAUGCUAACCUUUGAAGAAUGAAAUGUCAUCCACAAUGCUAGUAAACAAACAGCAGAGCUCCUCCCCUACUAAGGUAUGAGGCUUUCAUGAACCACAAACACAUCCGUUUUGAGACUGGAUAGUACAAAUAUGCUCCCUUCAAGUUAGCGCCAACUUUUACCCAGGUAGUAAUCACGCUAGUUAGCUUAGCCCAGUCGGGACAGCAGUUCACCAAGACAGCUAGCUUUGAGAGUUAGCAUGGUGCUAGGACAAAGUUCAGCACGUGGAGGUUGUUUUUAAAUAAAUACUUUGAUUUAAAAAAAAAACGACCAUGUUUAUUGGUUAUUUAAAUAAAUAAACCUUUAGUUUUGAUUGUCACUGCCUUAAGACAGCAGGAUGCAAACGAAGAGCGCAGGCUUCCAUCCAGAUAAGU